AUUUUCCCGACUUGCUUUGAACGCCUCUCUCUCUCUCUCUCUCUCUCUCAGAGGUCUAAAAAGCCAAAAGGCCCUAAACUGAAAGAAAUUGACGCUUGAGAAAGAAACCGCUCCUCUCCUUGCAUUUUCAGAUCCGCCUCGCUAGGGAACAUCAAUGGCGGCCACCGCAUCCCCCACGCCCUCCGCCCGCGAGGAGAACGUGUACUUGGCGAAGCUGGCCGAGCAGGCCGAGCGCUACGAAGAGAUGGUCGAGUUCAUGGAGAAGGUCGUCGCCGCCGUCGACGGCGACGAGCUCUCCAUCGAGGAGCGCAACCUACUCUCCGUCGCCUACAAGAACGUCAUCGGCGCUCGCCGCGCCUCCUGGCGCAUCAUCUCCUCCAUCGAGCAGAAGGAGGAGAGCCGCGGGAACGACGACCACGUCUCCACCAUCCGCCAGUACAGAUCCAAGAUCGAGUCCGAGCUGUCCUCCAUUUGCGACGGCAUUCUCAAGCUACUCGAUUCCAAGCUCAUUGGCUCCGCUGCCUCCGGUGACUCCAAGGUUUUCUACUUGAAGAUGAAGGGGGAUUACCAUCGCUACCUCGCGGAGUUCAAGACCGGAACUGAGAAGAAGGACGCUGCUGAGAAUACGCUUUCCGCUUAUAAGGCGGCUCAGGAUAUUGCAAAUACAGAACUUUCUCCAACACAUCCAAUUCGGCUAGGACUGGCACUCAACUUCUCAGUGUUCUACUAUGAGAUUUUGAGUUCUCCUGAUCGUGCCUGUAAUCUUGCAAAACAGGCUUUCGAUGAAGCAAUUGCGGAACUUGAUACCCUAGGAGAGGAGUCUUACAAAGAUAGCACCUUGAUAAUGCAGCUUCUUCGUGAUAACCUCACUUUGUGGACUUCAGACAUGCAGGAUGACACUGUUGAGGAGAUCAAAGAAGCUCCCAAGCCUGAAAACGAGCAGUGAAAUUUCUGCCUUUAAGAAAGGAAAUUUGGUAUGCGAUCUACUAGUUUGCUUUUCAAUCCAGGAGGCUGAUUUGAUUGUUGAGUUCCCUGGAUUUAUAGUUUAGUCGUCUUUGUUAGAUUGUGACUUGAUUUUGCUUUGCCUUUGCCUUUCAGUGCCUACCCUCUUGAAAAUGAUUACAAUUAUGUUGCAUGGAGCUUGUAGCAAAUCUAUCUUUUCUAGUUAUCUCUCUUGAUGACC